UUGUCAAUCAUACGUAACCCCAUUUCCUCUUGGUGUUUACUUUUAUGACAAACAUCAUCAAAACCUUCCGAAGAAAUUUAUCAAAAUGCCUAUUUAUGAGCCAAUUACAACUGAAUUUGGUGUGAAACCACUAGUAGUAGUUCUAGAUAUAGGAACUGCGUUCACCAAAUUUGGAUUCACUGGGGAGUUUGCCCCACGACACAUUAUUCGGUCUGAAGUCCGAUGUAAGCGAACAUGCCAAAUGAAAAAACUUUGUGAUUACGAGUCGUCACAAGACCUCCAUGACUUCUUGGUCGAUUUCAUUCACAUGAUCUACUUUGAGUAUGCCUUAAUCAGCCCUAAAGACAGACCCAUCGUCAUUGUAGAAUCGUUGCUUUGUCCGACUCUAUUUAGGGACACACUGGCAAAAGUGCUAUUUUUGCAAUAUGAAGUUUCUGCAAUGCUGGUUGUACCAUCCCAUUUGGUUUGCUUGGCUAGCUUGGCAAUUGAUACUGCUUUAGUUGUGGAUGUCGGUUACAAAGAAGCUGUGACUAUUCCAGUAUGCUUCGGUUUACCAAUUGUUCAAGCUUGGCAAGCUUUGCCUUUAGGAGGCGAAUCCAUUCACAGACACUUGAAAACGCUUCUAAAUGCUUCAAAUACCGGAGUAAAAAAUCUCCCUGAAGAUGUGAUAGAAAACAUAAAAGUUAUGUGCUGUUUUGUAACGAAAAAAUCCAGAGCCGACCAACUGGCUUUGCCUAGAACCGACAUGGUUCCUCCUCCAGAUGUAAAAUUUCCAAACAGGGGCGUCGAAACGCUCAUGGUUACAGGCAAAACUAGAGAAAAGGCAUUUGAAAUCUUAUAUGAAGAGGAUAAUGAUCAUUUGUGCUUAUCCACAAUGAUAUUAGAUGCUAUAUUGCAAGUGGAUAUUGAUCUAAGACAAACGUUGGCUGAAAAUCUCGUUUUAAUCGGCGGAAGUUCUAUGGCUCCAGGAUUCAAAGCCAGACUGAAAGAGGAGCUGUUAAAGCAGCUUGCAGAGGACAGAUACAAAGUUCUAAAUAUUAAAGAAUUUAAAUUCCAUGCGGGCCCUUACAAAGAGAAUUACGCAGCAUGGCUUGGAGGAGCCAUAUAUGGAGCAACUGAGAUGCUGUCGAUGAAAGCAGUCACUAAGGAGUUUUAUUUAAGGGAGAAUCAUCUGCCGGACUGGAUUAACUUGCACGAUUUUAAUACUUUAAAAUCACCGGAGGGCGCUGUUAAAAGUUUAUAGAUAAUGAAAUCCAGAAGAUAAAUUCCUCAGUUAACAACCUGCAUAUUAGAUUUAUUUUGGUUAUUUAUUAAUGAUAAUUUAUUUUCUCGGUAAUAAUUAUUCGUAAUUGUAUUUAAUUAUAGAUUUUAAGAAGAAAUUUAUUCAUAAAAUGCAACCAGCAGGCAAUAAUAUCGUUCAGUUGUUUAGGGUGAACACUUUACGCCAUUUGGUGUAUCUCCAAUAAACACUUUUUGAGCCCA